AUGGGAGGAUCUUUUUUAUUAAAUGCACUCUUGCUUUAUAAACCAUUUCUAAAUACUGCUAAAGCUUUUGAAGUGUUGUGCAAAUUGAUAUUCUCUCGUAAAUCCUCGGCACUGUCUAAUCCCACUCGUCUUAAAUCGCCCACUCUAAUCAGUGACCUGAAAGAUUCAUGUUGGGAAAAGAAUUACUCAUCGACAAGGCUCUCGGCUUCAUUCGACAUUCCAUCUCUAUAA